GUUUCUGUGUUUUGUACUUUUGAGCGUGAAGAGAGCGAAGCAGAGAAGAAAGAAAGAUGGAGAACGAAGCAAGAAUGGCAGGUGAAAGAGGACUGGGAAUUCCAACACACGGAGGGAGGUACGUGCUGUAUAACGUUCUCGGUAAUAUCUUUGAGGUCUCCUCCAAGUAUGUUCCUCCUAUACAGCCCGUCGGUCGCGGCGCAUACGGCAUCGUUUGCUGUGCAAUGAAUUCGGACACAAAUGAAGAGGUUGCAAUAAAGAAGAUCGGAAAUGCUUUUGAUAACAGGAUUGAUGCUAAAAGAACACUUCGUGAAAUUAAGCUUUUGCGUCACAUGGAUCAUGAGAAUGUCAUCAAAAUCAAGGACAUUAUACCUCCGCCAGAGAAGGACAAGUUUAAUGAUGUAUAUAUUGUUAAUGAGUUAAUGGAUACUGAUCUAAAUCAGAUAAUACGGUCUAGCCAGGCUUUGACUGAUGAUCAUUGUCAGUAUUUCUUAUAUCAAUUGUUGCGGGGACUGAAAUAUAUACACUCUGCAAAUGUUCUGCACCGAGAUCUGAAACCAAGCAAUCUGCUUCUCAAUGCUAACUGUGAUCUCAAGAUAUGUGACUUUGGGCUUGCAAGAACUGUUUUAGAGACAGAUCUAAUGACAGAAUAUGUUGUAACCCGGUGGUAUCGAGCCCCUGAAUUGCUACUAAAUUGUUCAGAGUAUACUGUAGCUAUCGAUAUUUGGUCAGUUGGUUGCAUUCUCAUGGAGAUUCUCAGAAGGGAGCCACUUUUUCCUGGCAAAGACUAUGUUCAGCAGUUGCGACUGAUUACUGAGCUACUAGGUUCACCGGAUGAUUUGGAUCUUGGAUUUGUAAGAAGUGACAAUGCUAGGAAGUAUGUUAAACAACUUCCAUAUAGUCCAAAGCAACCAUUUUCCCAGAAGUUUCCUGACUUUUCCUCUGCGGCAAUUGAUCUUGCAGAAAAAAUGCUUGUGUUUGAUCCAUGUAAACGUAUUACCGUUGAGGAAGCACUGAAUCAUCCAUUUCUGUCAAGUCUUCAUGAGAUCAAUGAGGAGCCGACUUGCUCAUCUCCUUUUGUUUUCGAUUUCGAACAAACAACCUUGGAUGAAGAGGAUAUAAAAGAGCUUAUAUGGAGGGAGUCAUUGAACUUCAAUCCGGAUAAUAUGGUUGAGUAAUCUCUCUCCGAACACAAAUUCUAUAUUUUUGCUUCUGCCCUGGUUAUGUUUUCGGUUUAGAAAGGCUUGCAUAUGUGUACUAUGUUGAGAUGGGAAUCUGUACAAGCAGAAAGAUAUGGGGGGAGAUAGGUUCUCCUCCAUCUGGUAUUGAGAGGGUAAAAGGGUUUGUUGUUUUGAAAUCGGUUGAAGUAGGGAGAGUAGUGGAUUCAUUCUUUUAAAGAAUCCAAUCACGCCUUUUUAAGGCUUGUCUGCAAAAAAAGGGAGCUAGUUUCCGAGUUUCCCUGUUUCUGGCAGUGUUUUAUAUAGAUAUAUGAUUAUAUACUUAUAUUGUAUAUGCAAUUUGUCAAUGACAAGAAAACAAUAAGAGAAACCAAUUGCAUGGUUAA